AGAAGGAGUGAAAGUUUAGAGAGAAGGAGAAAGAAAGAUCCUCUGACUCCUGGACUUAGUCUGUAGCCUACUCAUUGUUUCUGCAGGAGCAGCCAGCCUCCGGAGGCACGAGGACAUUCCAACCAAAAUGCUGACCAUGCAGUGUUUGAGUGUGUUGCUGCUGUUAGAGCUGGCUCUGGCCCAGUACGAACACCUUGGCUACCCUCCGGGCUACCCCGAGCCCGAGCAGGAGCAGUACUCGCCCCCCCAGCUGACGCCAGACACGCCCAGGAUCCAGCUCAGACUAGCGGGGGACAAGAGGAAACACAACGAGGGGCGCGUGGAGGUUUUCUACAACAAUGAAUGGGGAACUGUCUGUGACGACGACUUCACCAUCCACGCUGCUCAGGUGGUGUGCAGGGAGCUGGGCUACCUGGAGGCCAUCUCAUGGUCGCCAUCCUCCAAAUAUGGGAAAGGACAAGGACCCAUCUGGUUCGACAAUCUCCACUGCACCGGUAAAGAGAAGACCUUGGCGCUGUGUCCCUCCAAUGGGAUCGGUGUUUCAGACUGCAAACACAGUGAGGAUGUGGGCGUGGUCUGCAGCGACAAGAGGAUCCCAGGGUUUAAAUUUGUCAACACGCUGCCCAACCACGUAGAGAACCUUGAUAUUCAAGUAGAGGACGUGCGCAUACGAGCCAUCCUGUCGUCGUACCGUAAGCGAAUCCCGGUAACCGAGGGCUACGUGGAGGUCAAAGAUGGCGGCAAAUGGAAACAGAUCUGUAACGCAGAGUGGACCCAGCUCAACGCCAGAGUCAUCUGUGGCAUGUUUGGCUUCCCCGGGGAGAGGAAGUACAAUGCCAGAGUCUACAAGAUGUUUGCUCGCCGGAGAAAGCCCACAUACUGGGACUUCUCGGUCAACUGCACUGGCAAUGAAGCCCAUUUGUCCAGCUGUAAACUGGGCCAGACUGCAGCUCUGAAGUCCAAUGAGAGCUGUGCUGGAGGGCUGCCUGUGGUGGUGAGCUGCGUACCCGGCAGAGACUUUGCCCCGACGUCCAUGACAGGAUUCAGGAAGGCCUUCAGACAAGAGCAACCGUUGGUGCGUCUCCGUGGCGGGGCCAUCGUAGGCGAGGGCCGAGUGGAGGUGUUGAAGAACGGAGAGUGGGGAACCAUCUGUGAUGAUAACUGGAGCCUGCUGUCGGCCACCGUGGUGUGUCGAGAGCUGGGCCUCGGGACGGCCAUAGAGGCCCUGUCUGGAGGCCGCCUGGGACAAGGAAUGGGUCCAGUGCAUAUGAAUGAGGUGGAGUGCUCUGGGUUUGAGAAGUCCAUCACAGAGUGUUAUUUCAACAAGGAGGCUCUCGGCUGCAGCCAUGAGGAGGAUGCAGCCGUCAGGUGUAACGUUCCUGCUAUGGGCUUCCAGGAGUCGCUGCGUCUCAGUGGAGGUCGUAACCCCUACGAGGGCCGUGUGGAGGUGCUGGUGGAGAGGAACGGCUCUCUGGUGUGGGGGACGGUGUGCAGUGAGAACUGGGGGACCAUGGAGGCCAUGGUGGUCUGCAGACAGCUGGGCCUGGGCUUCGCUAGCAACGCUUUCAAGGAGACCUGGUAUUGGCCUGGACAGGUGAACGCGGACGCCGUGGUGAUGAGUGGCGUCCGCUGCUCCGGGACGGAGAUGUCUCUGUCCCACUGCCUGCACCAUGGGGCCCACCUCAGCUGCUCCAAGGGAGGAGGGGGACAUUCAGCUGGAGUCUCCUGCUCCGAGACGGCUCCUGACCUGGUGUUGAACCCUCAGGUGGUGGAGCAGACCACCUACAUGGAGGACCGGCCCAUGUUCAUGCUGCAGUGUGCCUAUGAGGAGAACUGCCUGUCCUCCACCUCCAGCCAGGCUCCUGCUAACUCCUACCGCCGCCUGCUGCGCUUCUCCUCCCAGAUCCACAACAACGGCCAGUCGGACUUCAGGCCCAAAGCUGGCAGACACUCCUGGGUCUGGCACGACUGUCACAGACAUUAUCACAGCAUGGAGGUGUUCACUCUCUACGACCUGUUCAGCCUCAAUGGGACUAAAGUGGCAGAAGGACACAAGGCCAGCUUCUGUCUGGAGGACUCUGAGUGUGAUGAAGGUAUUGAAAAGAGAUAUGAAUGUGCUAACUUUGGAGAGCAGGGCAUCACUGUGGGCUGCUGGGAUACCUACAGGCACGAUAUCGACUGCCAGUGGGUCGACAUAACUGAACUCAAGCCUGGAGAUUACAUCUUCCAGAUAGUAAUUAAUCCAAACUAUGAGGUUCCUGAGUCAGACUACACCAACAACAUUGUGAAAUGCAGAUGUCGAUAUGAUGGCCAUCGUGUGUGGAUGUACAGCUGCCAUAAUGGUGGCUCAUUAAGCACUGAAACAGAACAGACGUUCCCAGGCCUCCUCAACAACCAGGUGACCCACAGGUAAAGACCAAGCAGAGGAGAGGAGUUACUGGCUGCCCACCCCACCCGUUUCCCCACAGGAACACCAUCUGAAGCCCACCAACCACUACCAGC